GUGAGAGGGCGAGAGAGAGAGAAGCGACCAACAGCUGGCGUCGUGACAUCCACUUGAAGGCCCCCUCCUGACCCCGGACACGCUGGGUUUGAUCGGAGCGAAGAGAGUUCCAACACCACAGUACGACCGAGCAGAUCUCUCGUAGAAUGUCGUCGCUCGGCGUGCUGACGAUGGCGACUGUAAUGAUGACGGUGGCGGCGGUGACGGUGGUGGUGUUGUUUCCCUGCGGAUUACGAGCUGCCCCGCUGGAGGAGUCUUGUCCCGGCGGCUUGGAUCACGGUUUCGGGAGCCACUACAACUGGAGCCACUCUCUGGGCGACGCCUUGGAGGAGGCGGAAGAAUUUGGUAAACCCAUCCUCAUGCUCAUUCACAAGCACUGGUGCCCCAUGUGCAAAGUCCUCAGACCCCGCUUCGCUCACUCCAGGGAGAUCUUGAGGCUGAGCCACCACAUGGUUUUCGUCAACCUCUUCGAUGAACCCCUGGACGAUACAUUUGCUCCGGAUGGAAGAUACGUUCCCCGCAUCCUCUUUCUCGACUACAUGGGCAUCGUGCACCCCGAGAUUUACAACGUCCACGGCACUGCCAAGUACAAGUAUUACUACCUCUUCCCAGACGAGGAGAUCGCGCCCAACAUGAAGCGUGCCAUCCGUGACCUGUCGCGCCACGCCAGUCCGGAUCUGUGAAAUCGCCGGAGCGGUUGCGGCCCGCUACCCACCCCGCCGACGCCUUGGCAAUUGGGGAGCCCUGCCCAGUACGUAGUGCCACACGUAGAAGUAACAGGUAAAUAGGAAUUGAGUAAAUCGCGUCCUUGAAAUAAUGGGCCAAUCUGUGGGUGGGUUGGCGAUUGUUUUCCCACAGCCUCGCAUAUCCACUUUCUCAACAAAUCCCCGUUUUUGUCCAGGAGAAAUGAAUGACAGUUUGUAAGGAUAGGACAAUUUACAGCUUGUAAUUUUGCGUUUUAGUGCUCAACAGUUGGCGUUCACAUUAAAACACCAACAACACGUAAUAUCCAGGUAUUAAGUAAUUAAACAGACAUUAAAGCUAUGUUUGGAGCUGUGGUUCAGAGGUGUACCUCUGGCACGCGGCGUUCCUGUGCAGCUUCGAGGCAAGGAUAAGAACCAAGUCGGCGUCGGUUUGCACGACAUUCAACCUCUGGGAAUUUGCAAGCAUGAGCUUCGAUUUGAUUCCCAACAUUUGUCAAAUUUUGUAUGGGCUUCCAAAGAACCCUGUUAUGAUGGGGAACACGGGUAUAAUCCAACUCCCGUUAUUUCGAGGACGUAAAUUGUGCGUUUAAAAAAAAGUCAAACUCGCUUUUGAAGGAAAAAUCAGU